AUGUCAGCCGAACUUAAAUUACCACCAUUUUUAACAUUUAAACCAUCUAAAGCAAAAACUGGUGAAAAUGGAUUAUAUGCAAAGCAAGUGAUUUUACCUAAUGAACCAUUGGGUAUUUAUAAAGGAAAAAUUCGUCGUACAUUAUUACAAACAGCUGAUGAAGAAUACGUGUGGGCGAUUUUGAGUGCAAGAGGUGUACCAGUAUUUUAUGUUGACGCUAGUAAUCCAACUGACGGAAAUUUUCUACGGUAUAUUCGUUGGACACAUGAUAAGCAGCAACAAAAUGUUGUUUGUAUGCAGCAAAAUCAACAAAUUCAUUAUUUUUCAUUAAAAACCAUCCGUCCGGAUGAAGAACUUUUAACUUUUAUCGAACGUCAAAAAACGAAAAAGAAAGAUGUGUGUAUAUCAUUGUCAGAUAAACAAAAUGGUCGAACACGACGUCAUUCUCAACAACAACAGUUACAACAUCACGAUAAUGCGGAUAUAAAAAUAAUUGAUUUAAAUGAGUUUAAAGAUGAAAAUUUAAUUAUGAAUCGAUCGACCGAAUUCGAAUUGCAAAUAACGAGAAAAUUUCUAUCUGAAACAAUUCUGACUGAUGGAUUAAAACACACAUGUUUAAAAUGUGAUAUUUGUCAUCAAAUAUUCAUGUCGAAUGUGGCAUUCAAAUUUCAUUAUCACAAUUAUCAUAUAACACCACAUCAUUUAUCAUACGCAAACAGACCCAGAAUUAAAGUUCGAGAUAAUUGUAAUAUAUGUAAAAUUGGAAGUGUAUCAAAUGAUGUCAAAAGUGUUGUGGUUGAUCUUAUUGAAGUUGUGUGUGGUGAUGAUCGAUUACCAAUCGAACCAACAGAUGAUUUACGUUUUAUUCGUUUACAUCUUUAUCGAUGUUAUUGGUGUGCACCAACUGCAGAUUGUCAUUACAAUACAGCAAAACAACUUGCACAACAUAUGCGAUCUAAACAUUUUCGAUUAUUACAGGCAUUAUUAACAACAUCACAAACAGCAGCAUUAACAAAUAAUUCAAAAAUAAACAAAUCAAAGACGAAACAUUCACAAGAUCAACAACAAGGUGAACAAAAUGAAAAUGGUAUUGAUAUUCUUAAUAUAACAUCCAAAAAUGAACAGUCCACACUGAGUCGACAAACGAGUCGAGAUGAUACAACAGCAGGUGGUACUAGUCGAGGAAGAGGUCGACCUUCAUCCGUCAUGAAUGGAAGCGAAACUCCUAUUAGUUUUGGCAUUCCCGAUCCACUCACCGAACGGGAUUGUCAACAAUUAUUUUCAAUUGGUGAACAAGUUGCAUAUAAUAUGAUGAAUUGUAUUGAUGGCACAUUGGAAGAUAUUCAACAAAAUGAAGAACUAUGUCGAAAAUAUAUGGAUAUUGAUGAUAGUGAAUCAUUACCUACAUCAUUAGAAUUAUUUUUGGAACAAUUUCAACAUGUUUGCGAAUAUUUAGGUCCAAAGAAAAAAACUGAGACAGCUGUUCAGGUAUUAGCCAACAGUUAUUUUAAGCACAACCCUUGUACAAGUAGUAAUUAUAAUAAAACAAAAAUAACGAGAAAAAAUACAAUUGAUCGAUUUUUAUGUCCAACAUGUGAUCAGUGUUUUCAUAAUACACAGCAAUUAAUUGAACAUGAAAAAGAAGAACACGAUAGAUUAGUGUCUGUCUACGAUUGGGGAUGUGAAGUAUAUGGUGUUAAUCAAGCGAAUCCUUAUGCAUUUAUACUUGAACUUGAAAAUCAUUUGGAUCAUUCACAAAAAAUAUCAAACAAACCGUCAACAACAAAAAUUAUCACAAGAAAGAGUGUUUCAAAGUCCGUCAAAAAAGAAUUUUUUAGAUCGAAUACGUGCCCAUUGAAUAUAAAUUCUUGUGACAUAAAACCAAAAGAAGAACAAAUUGAUUUUAAUGAACAGCAACGUAAAUCAAAGCGACUUCAAAAUAGUAUGAUCAAUAAUCCCAGUAGUAUCAAUUCAUUACCGACAACUGCCAUCAAUAUUCCACAAGUAGAUGUUAAGAAAGAAGCCGAUAUUGAUUUGACAACAAUUACCGAACAAGUUAAUUCGAUGAAACGUAUGUCAUCACGUAACAAUAAUAAUUCAACCUCAAUUGCCAAUAAUGAUACAUCAAGCAAUGAUCAAGUGAUUGUUAAAACAGAUAAACGUUAUUAUUGGUGUACAAAAUGUUCAAAAUUAUAUUUAAAUUUAAUAUCACUUUACACAGAAUCGCAUUAUAGACAAUGUGUUCGAUCUGAACAACAUUUUACGGUUGUUAAUGAUCCAUUAUUUUUUCAAUCAACAGAAAUGAAAGAUUUAUUACCAGCUAAUGAUAAUAAAUAUUUAGCAAUCGUACCCACUGUAAAAUUACAAGAAACAACGCCAGGUAACAAAACAGUACCCAGCGAACAAACAUCGUCUCAUAUUCGCACUUAUUUUCUUAAUGGAAGACCUGUUGGACAAUCUCGUCCUAUUACCGUCAAAGAUUUACGUCAACAAUUUUUAACACAUUCAACAUCUACAUUAAAGCAGACACCAUCAAUUCCUAGUGAAGAAUAUAUUUAUCAUCCAAAAGUAGAAAAAGAAGAAUCUCCGCCGAGAAUCAUUAAUUCAAAAACACGAAUGUCAAAUGGUAUCAGAGAACUUCGUCCUAGAACAAGUUUAAUUGAUACACAAAAAUCUCUGCCUUUGUGGCGACCACCAACAACAUCUCCACCACCACCUCCAUCUGUUAUUCUAAUUCCCACUUCAUCAUCCUCAUCCAAUCUCUCACAUCGUUCGUUAGAUAGAUUUCGUGUAAGUUCCGAUGAAGAAGAUCAAAUUUCUACAACAGCAACAACAACACCAGUCAUAGAAAAAUCUCAAACGAAAGAAGUUGAAAAAACAUUUGUAAGGAAAAGACGAUCACCAACACCCGUUUUGGUUAAAGAAGAAAUAAGUGAUGAGGAAGGAAAUGAACCAAAACAACGAAAAAAAUUCAAACGAACGAUAUCAAAUAGAAAUCUAAUCUUAAAACGAAGAAAACAAAAUCGAACGACAUUGAGUUCAUCCUAUUCAACUAGUGACGUAUCAGCAUCAAAAAAUUCAACUAGUUCAGUAUUAAAACGAUCUAUUUCACAAACAAUAGGAGAAACAAAACGACGUCGAUUAUUUGCAGUUAAAUCGACAGUGAAUAACAACAAUAGAAAUCAAAGCUCAGAUUCUCUAACUUCGUUACCAUCGAAUUUAACUAAUUUAUCGACUCGUUCAAAUAUUCCCGAAGCAUUACAAUGUUAUGCUCAUGUGUGUGUGAAAUGUAAUAUGCCGUUCAGUGAUGCUUUGUCGCUUGAUCUUCAUCAGAAAACACAAUGUCUUGAACGUAAUGUAUUGGAUGAAUGUGGUAUGUGGUUUCGGUGUCCUCUGUGUAGUUUAACGUAUUGUGACGCUACUUUAAUGUCGCUACAUAUAACAAAAACACAUCGUUCUGAAUUGAAAUCAAUUCAAACAUUAAAACGGACGCUUCCAAGACCAGGACGAAAGACAACUAGCGACGAUUCAACCUCUGAUUCACCACCAUCUGCGAGAGUGAUCGUUCCUCCAUUAUCACCAAAUUUUCAACGAAAAAAACAACGAACAAUCUAG